CAGAUACUCCGUGCCGUUCGGAGCGAAAGCUCGUUCCGGUAAUGCCCUCGGUCACUUAGUGCCAUGCCGUCUACGCUACUGGUGUUGGCAUUGACGCUCGCCUGGACGACAACUAUCGUGCUUGGGAAACGAGUCCGCAACACGGAGCCGAAUCGAAUAUCAGUUAUGGGAGAUUUUAAUCACGAAAUGUCAUACCCGCGCUUUGCAGAACCCAUCCCUAACGUAACCGUGACUGUGGGGCGCGACGCACUGCUGACCUGCGUGGUCGACAACCUGCGGGGAUUCAAGGUCGCGUGGGUUCGUGUUGAUACACAAACUAUCCUAUCCAUACACCACAACGUCAUCACUCAAAAUCCCCGAAUAUCGUUAAGCUACAACGACCAUCGCUCUUGGUAUUUACACAUUAAAAAUGUUCAACAAGCCGACAGAGGUUGGUACAUGUGCCAAGUAAACACUGAUCCUAUGCGAAGUCGCCAAGGAUACUUACAAGUUGUCGUUCCUCCUAGUAUAAUUGACCGCGAAACUAGUUCAGACAUGGUAGUUCUAGAAUCCACAAACGUAAGUCUCACCUGCAAAGCUACAGGUUUUCCGGAACCGUACGUGAUGUGGAGACGCGAAGACGGUGAAGAUAUUCGAUACAACGGCGAAAACGUAAACGUAGUCGACGGGGAAAUACUUUUUAUUACAAAAGUGAGUCGAUUACACAUGGCUGUGUAUUUAUGUAUAGCUUCCAAUGGGAUUCCACCGUCUAUAAGUAAACGUGUUCAAUUAAGGGUGCAAUUUCCCCCAAUGCUCUCCAUCCCCAAUCAACUGGAGGGAGCGUAUAUCGGCCAAGAUGUGGCUCUUGAGUGUCACACUGAAGCGUUUCCAACAUCAAUUAAUUAUUGGACCACAGAAAGGGGAGAUAUGAUAGUUUCAGGUGAUAAGUACGAAGCAGUCUCAAUGGAAAGUGGAUACAAAAAAUACAUGAUGCUGAAAAUACGAAGCGUGAGCGUGUCGGAUUUCGGAUCGUACAAAUGCGUCGCCAAAAACUCUCUCGGGGAAACGGAUGGUGUUAUCAAGUUGGAGGAAAUUCCGGCUCCAACGACUAUACGCACAACAACUCAGUUUCUUACCGUAGCGUCUAGGAAGAAAGGUAGAACGUGGGGAGAGAGACACGAACGAGGCGAUUCGAAUGAGAACCGCGUCGUUGGAGAUAAAAACAGAGAACAUCUUGAAUAUGGUUAUGACGAUGAAUACACUCUACCUUCAAUUGCCCCACCUCCCAUACACGAAGACCCCGGAGCUUUCAGCAGCGGAUCAAGAUCUCUAAUCCAUCGACUGCUUACGCUGCUUGUUGUGCUGGGGUUGGUGACACUAAAUCGCAGGUGACUUCGCUUUUCAUAAUAUAAGAGUUUUCGCAUCGAAUGUUUGACGUUUAGUGGUGGAAGUGACAUAUCUUGUGCGACUGAAUUUUGUACUGUAAAUAUGUAAAAAAGACUAACGUUUGUAAAACGUAUAUAUAAUGUAUAUAACAUAUUCGCGAUGCUAUUUAGGUCUAUAUAAGAUGCCUGAUAAUAGAGCGUGAUACUACCAUGUAUUAGAUAAGUAAAUUUCUCAAUAAAGCUGCUACAAUUCGCGAG